CCAUGCCCGCAACUAUCCUUGAAAGAUGCGUUGACAUCCCCCAAGAAAACAAGAGUAACCGUGGAAGCACUUGUAAAGCAGGUUUCACCACUAAAGACAGGUGCAAAUUGGAAAAGAAAAGAUGUGUACCUGGAAGAGGAUGGACAUACCAUGACCUGCAAAAUGUGGAAUGAGAGCGCUGACACCGUUAAAGAAGACCACAUCAAUAAGAAACUCAAGAUUGAAAACGUAGAAGUCGACAUAUACCAGGGGCAAGUUAGCCUAAAGAAUACCUCUGAAACAUCAAUGGUAACACACGCACCAGAAAGCAAAAGGAUGCAAAUCAUCGCCAUUAGUAACGAAGAAGACACCACGCCAGAAGUCCUCGGCAUCAUAGAAAAUCAGUCAGAUGCACAAGUUUUCACAGCAACAGCACAGAACCUACCACACUCCAACGAGCUUCCACUCACUGUUAAAGUUGUAAUUAACGGCACACAAAUAUCCGAUUUGGAAAAGAUUACGUCGCCUAACACGUCGACGAAGAAAGGGAAGAAAGCCGUAAAGAAUUCAGACAGCACAAGACCUGCUACACCUCAGUGAACUUCUACUCACUGUGAACCACACCGAUAUUCCACUUCCUAACAUUUGAAGAAAGAGAAGAAACUUGUUCAGAAUUCAUUAUGAUGUUCAAUCUAUUUUGAGAAGAAUCAAUAAGUGACAAGUAGUUGCCAGUAAUUUGUUUGUAACUGUAAUUAAGUUACUCACUGUGAACCACACAGAUAUCUGAAUCGGAAAAUAGUCCAUUUCCUGACACUUGAAGAAACAGAAGAAAGUUGUAAAGAAUUUAUAGUGAUGUUCAGUCUAUUUUGAGAAAAAUCAAUAAUUGACAAGUAGUUGCCAGUAAUUUGUUUGUAACUGUAAUUAAGUUACUCACUGUGAACGACACAGAUAUCUGACUUGGAAAAUAGUCCAUUUCCUAAGACUUCAAGAAAGAGAAGAAAUUUGUUAAGAAUUCAUAAUGAUGUUCGAUCUAUUUUGAAAAGAAUCAAUAAGUGACAUGUAGUUGCUGGUAAUUUGUUUGUACAUUGUAACUGUAACUAAGUUACUCAAUGUGA